UAUACCGUUUCGUUACAUGGUAUUAGCGGUCCUUGAUGGAGAUACCUUCGGCGUGGCUGAGUAUUCAUGGAAUUGGCGUUGUAUGAUCACAAAGAGGAAAAGGCACUGGGAUGGAGUAUACAUAGAGAGUGAGAGAAGGUCCAAAAGUGAAUUUUGCCGUAAUAUGUGCCGGGUGGGAAAGAAAGAUAACAUCGUCGUGUGAAAAUUCGGUGUAAUUAUUAUCCAUAACAUCUCCUCGUCAUCGUCGGGUCAUCCUACACUCGGUGCAUAAAUUUCCAGACCCAUCGAGCUUUCAUCUGCUCAUGGAGCUCUAUCUAUCUCAAUCUCGUACUGAAGAGCCUUUACGAUUUUCACCAGUUGAAAAAUUCAUCCUAGCAGAAGGGGAAAUCGAAAGCCUCGAUUCGCAGAUUGAGAAGCUGACGCAUAAUGAGGACGAAGUUGCCUUACUUGCUCUCGUCAGCGACAUCCUUCCCCCGGCCCACCGUCUUCCUAUUGAAAUCCUCUCCGAGAUCUUCGAACUUGUCUGCUAUCCAAAUCAUGGCAGAUUCUACCCUCAAUUCGAUGUUGUCCGCACAACCACUUCUUUGUCUCAGGUUUGCGUCGUUUGGAGACAGGUUGCUCACGAUACUCCGAGGAUAUGGUCGAACUUGUGUCUCUCGAUACCUGAGCAUAUGAACCUUUUUAAUGCAGGGGGAAAGUGGGUCAAUGAAUGGCUCUCCCGAAGUGGAGUACUUCCUUUAGGGUUAUAUCUGGACUUUCCCACAGAUAACUCCAACUGGAGUACCGAGGAGGAGAUGGAAACGUAUUCAGAGUACAAGUCUCUUGUACAAGAGGUACACUAUUUGCUAGACCAAAUUCUUGACCAUCGCCACUACCUACUGGACCGGAUUCGAUCAAUCAAAUUAAUCGGGGAUCCUAUCUUCUUCACCCCCGUUUUCGUGCUUGGACCAACUUCAUUCCGUGGUGUAGAACGAAUCUCCAUGCAGAUGACGAGGUCUCUCGACGAGAAUUUACGGGUGAAUUCCUUCUCAUCCGCCAACAACUUGCGUCACCUCGAAAUUGUGGAACCUUACUUCAGAUCUCAAUUACGCACAUUCCUGCUGCCUGCAGGCCAGUUGAUAAAUUUGCAGAUCAGGACUCGAAAUUAUUCACAUUUCGAUACUUCUGUGUAUGCAAAUUUCUUGCACCGGUGCAGCUCCCUCGUGAGCCUCGAAAUAAAUCCUGCAUGCAGCCCGGUUUUUAACUCACCAACUGAUAAUGUAUUUCUACCCAUGCUCAAAUCUCUCAGUUUCAUCUUCCACCCCUCGUAUGACGAUGAAUUCCCGGGUGUUAGCAUUCUACAUAUCCUUGCAGUACCUCUCUUGGAAGAGAUGACUCUCGAUGUGCAACGCAUUGAGCUCCUGGACCUUGCUACAGAUAUGACUGCACUCCAGGGCAACUCGCCCACCCCAAACCUAAAGUCACUAACGCUCGAAAUGGGGCGGAUGCACAACGACCCGGAUGACUUGACAUCAGCGCUAGCUCUCUUCCCUACAAUCACCUCGCUUCGACUAAACGGAAUUCUGUUCGAUAUGAAUCCUCUGUUUAAAGCCAUGACAUCCACGCAAUCGAACGUCAACUUCGUCCUAUUGCCAAGGAUUGUGAACCUUGAACUGGAAUGUCGAAGAGACACAGCUUAUCCAUCCGAGCUCAUAUCUAUGAUACUCUCGCGGUCAUCUAUAGCAGAUGCUGGGCUCGUUAGCGUAUUGCAGAGUGUGAGCAUAUUGCAAGCACAUUACAUGGAGAAGACCGACGAGGACUUGACUCGCAUUGCCGAGCUUCCAGAUUCUGUCAUUUACUCUGAACUUCGAGAUGACUAGUGAGCGACCUGACUCCAUUAAAAGGAGUGGCGAAAACCUGUGGAAAUGAUAACUGGGUACAUUGCAUUUCUGUAACAUAUGUAGUACAAACAUAUUGAAGUGAUUCAUACGUGAUCUACUACGAGCAGAACCGACCCCUCUUGCGAAAUCUCUCCAUCAACCCCUUUGCUGCGAUCGGGAUUUUCUUAAACAAUAUCUUAGUUCAAAUUCGCGCCAUUGCAGUCUUGGAGAUGAUAAUAAACACAAAGUACAUUCAAAUAUUUCCAUUGCAUAAAUGAUAAAACUGUAAAA